AUGUUUUGGGGAUUUAGUGAAGCUCUUGAUCUGGUUGAGGAAUAUAAAAAAAUCCGUCCCAAAGAUACGCCAUUACCCGACUCUCUGGAUAUCCUUUUAUUUGGCAGUGGUGAUCCGCGGCACAUCCUGGCGACAGCAGCUACACUUUGGCGUCAUCCACAAGUGACAGUAAACUUUUACAUCGUUGAAGGAUGCAUAGAGCUUAUUGCCAGGCAUAUGCUUCUGGUGGCAAUCGCUCUCGAGGAUCCCGAGCAACUUUCCACACGGGGAAAAACUCAUCUUUUUAUGGACCUCUUCGGAAACAGUCUCAUUCGGCCAUACAGCAACGCCUACUUGAACAGUAAAGCUAAAGUGCUCACGAACAUCGUAACGGAUCCCGAGUACGCGCAGCGCUAUUCUCCGAUUUUCAAUUACGAAGCACUAAGGUACAAAGAACGCGAUCAGCUGGAAGAUGUGUUCCGGUUCUGGACCAACGCCAGGGAACAUGUGUUCAACAUUGCCCGCUAUUGGGAAGAUAGAACGAGGGCACAGUUGGGCGUGCGCUAUGACCACCGAAAUGGUGCGUUUGAUUGGGACUUACAAAUGAGGCUACGCGAAAACGGAGCGAAACAAAUAUGUCCCCAAGAGUACAAGCACUGGCGUGAGACGGGGAUUGCCUUCACGUUUCCGGAAUACGAACAAAGCGACCCAAACAAAACGUUCGCCGUGGGGCUUGUGCGAAAGGGGAAAACAUACCACCAUCGCGGAUCGGUUGGAGAUAACUCAACGGGACCGUUUAUUUCCUUCGGCCAACGGUGCCCCGAGGAGCGGCUUACCCGUUCGAAGCAUGGAGUGAACGAUUUCCGUUCGACUGAUAUAACGGAACGAAACAUAAUGCAGAUAAUGUAUGAAAUUAAAGAAAAGCAAGCAUAUCAAUUCGACUCAAAGGAUAUACAUCAAUACGGUCCGCAUAAGUUGGACACUGGCAAAAAUCUCAACAAACACGAUGCCCGAACGGAAGUAUUGGAAGCUACACGCUACGACGGUCCCAUGGUUGGGUGUGAAAAUUUAAAAAUAUUCUUUUUGUCUGUCGAAGACGUCGUACGUGUACAGGAAGAUGCAAGAUACGCUGGCAAGUUUGAUGCAGUUUUCGUGGCUGCCAACUACUUCCGUCUGCUGAAAACGGGAUUCCGCGCAAAUUGGAAACCUGAUUGUUUGCUGUGCUUCGAAACACGUCAAUUGACCACCUUUAGCAAAGAUGAAAUUGGGGAACACAAUGAAGCUAUCAAAACGUUUGCUAAACACGAGGUACUGCAGCCUGUAACGAAUUUUGCAAUUAACAAAAAUUACUCUGUUCACUUUUACAAGCAGCUUAGAAGCGAUUAA